GGACGAGGCCGAGCACUGCCGGACUUGGGGUCGUCUGCAGCAAAGCUUCCAACAGCUACAAGUCACCCUGAGAUAUGAAGAAUUGGAUCCCCUAUCAAACAAGAUCAAGCUGAUCACAUCGCAGUCGAUCUCAGUUCAAUCAUGGAGAAGCCGAACAUUUUCGUGGUGUCCUUUAGCAACUUGCAGGGUGUUUACUACGCAGGCCAGGUCAUGCAGGGCAAUGUCACGGUGGAACUCAUAGACACUAUGAAAAUGAGAGGGAUUCAUCUCCAGUUUGAAGGCAGUGCCUAUGUACAUUGGACUGAGAGACAUACAACAGGUUCUGGAGACAACCGGCAUACAGAGACCUACCACUACUCUGCUGAGGAACAGUACUUCCACCAGGACAUAUUGCUAGCUGGUAGAUGGAAGCAGCAGUCUGGGGAGAACAUCCAUCUGCCUGUUGGCCGCCACACCUUCCCGUUUGCAUUUCAACUCCCACCUCAACUUCCAUCGUCCUUUGAAGGAGAAUAUGGUUAUGUUCGUUACACGGCUAAAGGAAUCAUUGAUAAACCAUGGAAAUUCAACCACGAAACGAAAAGGAUGUUCACAGUGAUUUGUAUACUAGAUCUUAACCAGGAUCAAAAUAUACCUGCUCAAUGUGCCAAGUCCAAGACACUUUGCUGCUGGUGCUGUGCAUCAGGACCAAUCUCUGCUAACUUCUCCAUCGACAGACAGGGAUAUGUUCCUGGGGAAGCCAUCAUUCUCAAGGCUGAAAUUGACAACCAGUCAAACAGGAGAAUAAAGUCAUCAUCUGUGAAAAUGAGAAUGGUGACAAUAUACCAUACUAUCAGGAAAUCAAGAACUUCAAGCCGUGUGGUUGCAAGGUUGAUGCAUGGCGAGAUCCAAAAAGGGGGACAUGAUUACUGGAAUGGUGACCAACUGGUUAUUCCACCACUGCCGCCAUCGUUACUCGUCGGCUGCAACAUCAUCGACAUAGGGUACAUUGUACAGCUUGAAGUGACUCCUUCAGGACCUAGCUUUGAUCUUGACAUCCCUCUACCAGUGAUAAUUGGCACCAUCCCUCUACAAAGUGUCCUUGCUCAGCAUCCUCCCACUGCCCCUCCAGUAGGGGCCCCCAUGAUCAUGCCAAAUCCUGCAGGUGCCCCCCAACCAGACACAGGAGCCCAACAUUCCCCUGCAGGAGCCCCUCCGCCAGGGUCAGAAGCCCCACCAGCUUAUCCCCCAGCCCUACCAUCAUAUGAAGAGUGUGUAUUUGGCAAGGACGGCACCAAGGAAGAAGGGGAGAAUGAAAAACAUCUGCAGGAAGACAAUAGCUAUGCUCCUGUCUACACAUACUAUGACUGGGGCAACAAGCCCUCUGCCCCCCCAUCAUAGGUUUGGUAGCCUAGUGGUUAAAGUGUCCUCUCAUCAUGCAUAAGGCCCAGGUUUGGGUACAAUGUGUGAAGCCCAUUUCUUGUGUUCCUCUGCAAUGAUAUUGCUGGAGUGUUCCACAAAAUGACAUUAAACUAUACUCCCUCACUCACUCCAUGAGAGUAGAUAUCAGGGGUGAUGAGGUAAACUAAAACUCCCUUCUAGUUGUAUUAAGACUGGGACCACAAGCCCUCCACCCCUCCAUCAGAGUAGAUAUCUUGGGUGCUGAGGUAGAUAAUAAUGCUCUUCUAGUCGUAUUAUGACAGGGGCAACAAGCCCUCUGCCCUCCACCCUCUAUCAGAGUAGAUAUCAGGGGUGCUGAAGUAGACGAUAAUGCUUGUCUUCUCAUUACGACAGGGGCAGAGCCCUCCACUCUCCAUCAGAGUAGAUAUCAGGGGUGAUGAGGUAGAUUAUAAUGCUCUUCUAGUUGUAUUAUGACAGGGGCAACAAGCCCCUGCCCUCCACCCUCUAUCAGAGUAGAUAUCAGGGGUGCUGAAAUAGAUUAUAGUUCUCUUCUAGUCAUAUUACAACAGUGCCAAAGUCCUCCACCCUCCCAUCAGAGUAGAUAUCAGGGGUGCUGAAGUAGAUUAUAAUGCCCUUCUAGUUGUAUUAUGACUAGCAACAAGCCCUCUGCCCUCUGCCCUCCACCCUCCAUCAGAGUAGAUAUCAGGGGUGCUGAAGUAGAUGAUAAUGCUUGUCUACUCAUUACGACAGGGGCAGAGCCCUCCACUCUCCAUCAGAGUAGAUAUCAGGGGUGCUGAGGUAAAUUAUAAUGCUCUUCUAGUUGUAUUAUGACGGGCAACAAGCCCUCUGCCCUCCACUCUCCAUCAGAGUAGAUAUCAGGGGUGCUGAAGUAGACGAUAAUGCUUGUCUUCUCAUUACGACAGGGGCAGAGCCCUCCACUCUCCAUCAGAGUAGAUAUCAGGGGUGAUGAGGUAGAUAAUAAUGCUCUUCUAGUUGUAUUAUGACAGGCAACAAGCCCUCUGCCCUCCACCCUCCAUCAGAGUAGAUAUCAGGGGUGCUGAAGUAGAUGAUAAUGCUUGUCUACUCAUUACGACAGGGGCAGAGCCCUCCUCUCUCCAUCAGAGUAGAUAUCAGGGGUGCUGAGGUAGAUUAUAAUGCUCGUCUACUCAUAUUACGACAGGGGCAAAGUCCUCCACACUCCAUCAGAGUAGGUGCAGAAGUAGAUUAUAAUGCUCUUCUAGUUAUAAUGCUCUUCUAGUUAUUUACGCUGACCUCCAUCAGCGUAGAUAUCGGGUGUGCUGAGGUAGAUUUUAAUGCCCUUCUAGUGGUAUUACGUUAGGGGCAACGCCCUCCACCCUCCAUAAGAGUAAAUAUCAGAGGUUGCUGAGGUAGAUUAUAACUCCUGUCUACACGUACAUUGACUGACACCACAAUCCCUCCACCCUCCCAUCCUAGUAGAUAUCGGGUGAACUGAGGUAGAUUAACACUCCUGCAUAAUGUACUAUGAGAGGGGCCACGAAACUUCUUUUGCUAUGAAGUCAAAGUUAUCUGUUGGGUCUGGGUACACUAGACAAUAAUUGAAGCUUACAUCAACUAGGAGAGGGCCAACAAGAUGUCUGUUAAUUCUAUGAAGUCAAUAUUUUAGUUAUCCAAGGUUCAUGCAGGCUUGAAAAGGUCUUGAGUUUUAAAUUCCCUCUUGAAAAGCCUAAAUUUUUAGUGUCAACCUGGAAAAGCCUGGAAAGUCACCAAAAUAGCUUUAAAAGUCUUGACUUUGUUCAAAAUGACAUAACCUUGUUAAUAAAAGUUUUAAGACACACAAAAAGUAUAGUUAUGUACAAAGAAUGUUGAGUGUGUUUAAUAACAGGGAUAGAUAUAACAAUGUGCCAAAGACCUUGAAGAAUGCAUAACAGACUUAAUUUAAAUUAUUUGUUGUGAAAAUCAAUCAAUUGCCAAUUUGUGAUGUUCAUAAUGCUUUUUAGGUCUUACAACUAAUACAUAGUAUGCUGGAUACUGACAGGCUGCUUCUUAUAACCCAACUAAAAAAAAUGACUUGAAAAUGACAGUUGAAGGCCUUGAAUGUUUAUAUCCCAUGUAUGUAUGAACCUUGUUAUCAGUUGGUGAUGGGGUACACAAGAUAAUAACUCCUGAAUUGAGGUACUGUGUCUGCUUUUGAACCAACUGUGUGACAUUUAUUACCAUUGCCCAUAAUACAUCAGAUGGUCACAAGUUUUCUUCAGGGCCCUAUUCCACAAGCUUCGUAAAAAUGUUCUCAUUAUGCUUUACAGACUCCACUAUUUCAAUCUCAUUAAAAUCAAAAUCUUAGUUCUCACUACCGCUAGACAUCUUCCUGAGGCAAGGGACUGCAGUCUCCUCCCUUGCAGAACUGGGCUGGAAUUAUGGGGAGUAGUGCACUUUUUCAGAUCCAAUUAACGCUGCUUCGCAAGCUUACCAAUUUGGCAAAUUUGUGCAUUAUUAGCCGACUCUCUUCCACUGGACCAAGAGCACCAUCACAUGCAAUUAGUGCUCGUUUAACUGGUCAUUAGCACCUCAUUAACACGCAUGCGCAGUUAACUAAACAAUGAUUGCACAUACAUGUUACUGACGUCUCCAUUCAUCUUCUUGAAGAAGCCACGCCUGCUAUUGUCCAUCAAAAUGAGUAACCAAUUGAGCGAAAUACGUUAAAACGGACUAUACUCUAAUAGGAUUACUCUCAUUGAAUUUUUGAGAACUAUGUGAAAAGGUAAUUUAUGGCUUACCCUAGCCCUAAGCAGGCUAACCCUAUGGAUCGGAAAGGGAUGUUGGAUCAGAAAGUAGCCACACAGCAGCAGUGCUUGGCGUGGUAAUUGAGCUGUUGGUAGAGGGUGAAGCUGCACCCAGUAAACUGCAUUGUUGCUGAAUUUUAAAAAAAACUUUUCAUGUUUUUAAUCAAAGUCCUCAAGUAAUUUGAUGGACUUUGUGGGGUAAGCCUCGUUUCACUGCAAUAAAGAUCCUUAUUAUCGACCAGAUCGUCUUGACUUGGGCGCCGCCAUUUUGUUUGAAGCAAAUGCAAGUGAUAUGAGAGGUGGAAUCUGCUUGGUCAGUGUGGGAGACAUAGAAGGGACAUAAUUCGCCCUAUGAUCGAGUCCAGAAAUUCUAGCCCGUUUGGAAAGGGUGGAAACUGGAUUUUUAAAGUCAGUUAAUUCCUUUGCCACGGGAAGAUGCUGCUACAUGAAGAUCUGAGAUCAUCCCAUUAUGCAUUGGUCAUGUCAGACUAAUCAGAGCUUUGCCUACCAGAUCAGGAAAGGGACAUUUGGAAUGUGUUUUCUAAUCAUGCAACCUCAAAAGAUUCAACACGGGUAUUCUAAACCACAGUUACGGGUUUAAAAACUGAAUCCGUCAAACUCAUUGUUUAUCUGUUCUUACUAACCCUCCCAUCUAUUAGACAUUCCAAAGUGUUCUUUUGUUCUGUUUUCAAAUUUUGAAUCGAGACCUUGUCCAAAGAAAAUUCAAAGCAAAGUCGCAUUUUUUAAACUAGUGCCUUCUUGAGACACUGCCGCUUUAUGACUAUCAAUCUGCCAUCUAUUUUUAUGAAUAUUAGAAUUUUGCAUAGAUGUAGUUAGUUGUGAGGCCUAACAUAUGUGUUCCAUUUCUUGCCAUAUUAUUAUUUUGGCCUUGGUUCAACCUUGACAACAUUAUAGUUGGUGUCACAGGUGAAAAUGCUGUCAUGAGCAAGUAAUUAAAAUCAACGUAAAUGCUUCUUAGACUGUAAACAAGAUUUGGUUCCAUGUGUGUUUCGGUGGAACUUUUACUACCAACAUUUGUUCCUCUCAAGGUGCAUACAGUGUCAAGUUUUGGAGGAUACAUGAAUUUUAAGUAUGGUACAAAUACUUGCAAUAUAUGCAACAAAUCCUCUGUGACAGGAACAUUAUUAUUUUUAAAAAACAACAAAUUUGUAUAUAUAUAUAUAUAUAUGUAUAUUAUAUCUCUGUUAACCAUGGUAAAACAAAUCGAUCUCAUUUUCUCUUAAGUCUUCUAAAACUUAAAACAUGCUUACAAGACCACUCUACAGUCUAGCCACACCCGCCUACCUAAAUAUCUGCAUACAUUCAGGAGCAAAGACAAAAAGCAGGUUUUCACAUGUGGUUGCAAUGAAAAACAAACAUGACUUUGAAAAGAAAAGGUUCGAUCAGCAUUGAGAGGGACUGUCUUAAGGGUGGUUCAGGCACAGUUUUACCAGACCACCAUGGGGAGAGGCUGUUUUUAGGAUGAUUAAGGCACAGUUUGACAUGAUCAACAUUGCGAGAGGCUGUCUUAAGGAUGAUUCCGGCACAUUUUGACUAAAUCAAAUUUGGGUGAAGAUGUCUUAAGAGGGUUCAGGAACUGUUUCAUCAUAUCAGGCCAGCAGACAUUUUUUUUCAAAACUGCUACUGUUUUCGUUACCCCAUGGCUGGUCACAACCAAACCAGGCAUUACUUUGAAUACUCAGGCAAGGGCUAGGGACCAACAGCGCUUCGCAUUUUACUGUAACACUUUGGAUUUGUAACUGAUAGCUAAAUGCUACAUGAUCCUGUGAUGCCAGUAACCCAACGCUAAUCUUUGCAUUUUUACCAUGCUUUAAAGUAUCUUCUGUUAUUGCUUGACUGAUGAAGCUAAACUUUGACAUGCAGGUUCCUUCUUAUGAAUGUAAUUUUAUUGUAUUUUGCUUUUAUAUAGUUAAAAAGUGUAUUUUUAGAAAAGUAUAAAACAUUUGUUUUUGAAAACCACUGGGCACAUGGCUUACAUGUUGUAGGAAUGUGAUGACCAUAAGAAGAUCCAAGUAUGUCCAAUGCAUCACUAUUAAUUUCACACUCAACACGGUUGUCCUGAUUUUAAAUGUUGCAGAAGCACGUAUUAUGUCUUUCCCCCUUUAGCAUCAAUUUAUCGUAACCUCACAAUAGAUAUUUAUACCAAAGUAGGUGGAAGCAUCAUGAAAUAACUUUGCAAGUCAGGUAAGCUAUAUAUAUUUGUAACAAUCUUUUUGCAGGUCGCUGUCAUAUUGCUGAAUGUGGAGUUAAAAAAACAAACAAGAAAUAAUUAGCAGGUGUGCUCUUUGUUGUAUUUGUCACCAUUAAAAAGAUUGGAUGCCAGAGAGAAGUCCCAUGUCACAAAUACCCAUUGUCGUCCUUCAUUCGUACUGUUUUGGCUGUAUCUCGAGAUAUAGAGGUAAAAACAGUCCAAACAUAGGUAACAAAUUCCCUGUGGGUCAUAUAUUUUAUAAUAGUUAAUCUUGUCUCUUAACAUUAAAACAACUGGCAUUUUUCACUUAUUUUGAUGACAUAUAAUGCGGUGGCAUAUAGUCAUCAUCUGGUCUGUCCGUCAGUCAAUUUCGUUUCCGUAGCUUCAACUUAAAAACCAUGAAAGACUUUUCAUCCAAACGUGGUACAUCUAUUAACCGUUUCGAGUGGAACAAGUUUGACUUUGACUCUGUUCACUGUGCAUGUUGUGUUUGUCCGACCACAUCUCUAAACCUAAUAGGUAUUCUUUCAUGACACUUUGCACACACAAAGACUGGUACCUUUUGAUAUUUAGGGAUUUUUAGAAAAAAAAAUUCCGUUUCCAUGGCAACACGUUUGACUCUGACUCUGUUCAUAUUGGUGUGUACGUGGCAUAGAAAUACAAAGUUCCGAAUCCUAAUCCAAUGGUAUUGUGAUAGCUCAAUAACUACUCAUGUAGACUGAAAGGUACUUAGUCAAUUUUAGCUCACCUGACUGAAAGUCAUGUGAGCUUAUUGUGUCAUGGCCUGUUUGUCCGUGCAUCCUCCAUUAAGACGGUAAACAUCUCGGAAACCACUAGAUCGAUGAAUCGGAAACUCCACGUGCUUGUUCCUCUUUCUUCACGAAUUUCGAAUUCCAUUUUCAGUAGGUCGUCGCCAGCCAGUGUUACCUGCAUACACAUCUCACACACACUUACACAAAUAGGAAGGAAAUAUUUGAAUUUGAAAUAUUUCUUGUGAGAAUCGUAAGUUUUAGGAAAAUGAAACCUAAAGACGGUCACUUUCAACCCAGUUUUACACCAGUAGCCUUCCAUCUUCCCGGGCAUCUCGUAAUGUUGCUUGUUGACAACAUGUUACUGAUUUUGUAUUCACGGAUGCGACAUUUUCUAUAUUGUGACCUGUCACUGUCUUAUCUCCUUGCUAUUUCAGCAUGUGUACCAUCCCCACAAGACCUGAAAAAACAAUACUAAACAUCGUAAGACAGCUUCUACUUCUCCCAACCACUUCGUUAUAAGAAGGAUAAUACUUCAAAUAUCGUCAUAUACCAAUAUCGGACAUAUAUCAAAUAUGUAAGUAUUAAAAUAGAGAACGUAAGGCGUUAAGAGAAAUCACACCGGGGGAGAUUGAAUAACAGGAAUAAACAAGAUGGAGCAAAUAUUCAUUUCAUCGAAUCUAUUUGAUCACUUUUGAACGUCAAACGAUGCAGCACUUGUUGAAUUGGACUUCCGAGUCAAUUUACGAAUUAUAUAGAAAUGCAUCACUUUGAAAUUCUAAAUAGUGGCAUAACCACCUUAAAAUUGCAAAAAGUAUGGUUUAGAUUUUGUUGACGGGAACGUCUUCAGAUUUAAAACAAUAAAUAUGAGUGACUAUGAUAUAAAUUCCACACCGAACGAACUUUAUUCAUAUCAACUAUAUAAAAUCAGUAAAUCAGUAGCGCAAGUGUUGGAAAAAAGUCAAUCCUGCCGAUAAUGUAUUUGUUGUCUGCUGAUAGAAAUCAAACAAAAAGCCUUCAUAGUGAUUUUACAAAAAGCUGAUGAUACAGCAAAAUGCAUAACAUUGGUAUUAAAGGUGGAUACGUAAGUACAGCAUAUGUCUAUUAACCUUUUAUCAAUUAUGGUGCAAUAUAGAAAUAUACUUUUCGUAUUUGUACCAUCACAUUCGAAGCAUAACGUUUAGACAGAUACAAAAUAAAUCGCCUAUUUUUGUUUCAUGUUCGCUGAUUGGGAAUAGACGUAAAUAUUAAGUUUGUGAAUGUAAUUUUACUGUAUUGGCAGUAAAAAAGUUUACGCAUUCCUUCCUGGUGACACACCGUUCGAGUUAGAAAAGAAAAGUCAACAACAUGAAUGGCAUCCGGAGUGUUUCCGUCAUCCUGUCAGCACUGUCGUUGUUCUGUGACUCAACGACAACAAUGUGUAUAUGUGGAACUGUUAUCUACCAUCGCACGACGUCCGCUUUACAGCAGACUUCGAUCGUGUGUGGACGCUGGAGAUAACAUGGAGUUCGUGAAUGAAUGUUGUUUAAUACCUGUCAAACUUUGCCGUCUCUAUCACGACAGCCUUUAAGUUAAGGUAUCUUGCCUAGGGAAACCAGUGAGUUUUAAUAUGAUCAACGCUCCGCGCCAUCGGAUAGGCAAAGUCACAGGAGUAUACUAAGUAUUGUUCCAUCGGGUAGCAUGAGUUGUGUUUAAGCCACAUGAAUAAAAAUUUAAUUAUAUCGCGUCCUGUCAACGUAACGUGUGAGGAUAGGCAAGAGUGAUAAAGGCCGUAGGCGUUUAUAGGAUUCGCCACACGAGUAAACUAUGUGAAGCCAAUUUCUGGUGUCCGGUGCCUUGAUAUUGCUGGAAUAUUGAUAAAAGCGGCAUAAUAAUAUAUCCGCUGACUCUUAGACCGAGCAUGGUUGGUACUGACCAAACUGAUCACGACAUGAAACAUCAAGAACGAUAUAUUGCACCAUGUCGAGAAUCGAACCUCAGUCUUCUGCGGAAGAUUAUUGGUAGGUGGGAAGGUAUCUGAAAGUUCAUCAGGAAGACUUGUGCAGAGUUCACUGACCAUUCAAGGUUCUGUUCCGUGUCGGGUGCAGUGUGAGCACAUAGAGAACAAAUAAAGUAUAUCUCGCAAAAUCUCGAAAUAAAUAGCACCUACUGUCCGCCAGUGGGUCCACUGAACUUAAUUCCCUUUAUGUGAAUAUAAAUACAGCGGUAUCUUUGAGGCGACCGUCUGCCAACUUACCUAGCCACUGUCCGAGGGUCAAGUCUCGACUAAUACAAAGCAUUCCACAUUUAUCCCUAAGACGAGUCACUGUCAGACUGCAACGUACACAUGCGAUACAGGACUUUGCGAGCCUGCAGUAUCCCGCACCUCAUCCACGAUAGGGUUUGUUUCUUCCAAUAAAGGGAAACAACACUGCAACUUUCCGUCGUCCAGUCGGUGCCAUUUUAACUAGCCCGCGUAAUCACCAGGAUCCAAUUAGCGCCAGCGACCCAACAAACUGGGCUUCUGACCAGCGAGGGGCCAGCUGGAAUACCUUGCUGACAGUGAGGGGUAGUCCCCUCGAAUCCUCACAUUUGAUUGGAUGAUGCUUACUAUAACCUUUCACCUUGCAAAUUCAUCUGCGCAUGUAAGUGU